UAGACUGUCAGUGCAAUGUUUCCAUAGACGUUCUGUUAUCAAUGGAAACGAGGAAAUCCACAUUUAAUUAGCUGGCACAGCAACGCCAGCUGAAGCAUUAAAUGUCUGGUUUGUCCACAUAAGUAAAAAGAGUCAUCGAGUUUCUUCUCGUCUGUGAAGAAACUGCAGUAACUACCGAGUACCGUAAGUUCAAAUAUUGCUACCAAAUUGUAGAAAAAUAGCUAAGUAUGCUCGUAGCCUAUUGUAGCGCCAAUCUAGUUUGCAUCUUUACUUUAAAGUGUAAUCCUCUGGGUAAAACCUGCAGUGUUUACCAAGAGAUCAAAGAUCAUAUUUUACAGAUGACUCCUAAAAGGUGUUUCACAGCACAAAACUAGCACAUGUGGAUCCGUUCAGCUGCUGGACUGAGCUAGCAGCUGUGUGACAUUAUGAUCACGAUAGCCUUUGGAGCAAGAGGAGCCCUCCUCAGCUUGAGGUGCACUUUGCAGAGAGCAGGCUCCUUUGCAAGACUUGGACUGAUUCAGAACACCAGAUCCGGUUUUGUUAGAAGGGGGCAGAUUUUAACCCGCAUACCCAAGAUUACACUGCUAUGUUGGGGUGCAGUCAACGGUUCUUUAAGUGCAGUCAGAUGCCAGGAAGCUCUUGUUCAACCCCAGGCUUCGGAAAAAAAGUCUUUGGCUAAAAUCCAAGUGCACAGAUUUCUAUUUUUUCUUCGCCUCAGCUUCCGGGCGUUGGUUCUGCUCUUCAAAUUUGUCCCCCUUCUUCUCCUUUACCCCUUGGUUCUGGUGUUUACCCGCUGGAUGCCUCAUUGGCUCGAUGCUUUGCUGUGGGUGACUGAGACCUCUGGUCCUACUUUCAUCAAGCUGGGGCAGUGGGCUAGUACUAGACGAGACAUCUUCUCUCAAGAUUUCUGCAACCGUUUCUCCAGGCUCCACGUCAAGGUACGCCCUCACUCCUGGGCUCAUACCAAGCAGUGCCUCCGGAGGGCUUUUGGGGAGGGCUGGAGAAGGGUUUUGGUGUUUCGGAGUAAAGAACCGGUGGGAUCAGGAUGCAUUGCACAGGUAUACCGAGGCUGGGCCAGGGUGGACCAAGUGGAGGACCCAGCUUUCCAAUCAAUAGUAGAGGAGAUGGAAAAAGACGAUUUGUUGGAAGCCUGGGAGAUCCCUGGUUUAGGGGGCAUGGCAAGAUCUCUGAGGCAGCUCUGGAGGGGGAGUGGGGAGGAAGAGAGCAGUGAGGACAAAAGUCUUCUAGAUGGUCAGCAGGAGGAGCGCCUGAUACCUGUGGCAAUCAAGGUGGUCCAUCCAGGAGUGAGGGGACAAGUGGAGAUAGACCUGUUGCUCAUGAAAGCAGGUAGUUGGCUUCUGCACUGCCUGCCUGGACUCAAAUGGCUCAGUAUGUGUGAGAUAGUGGAGGAGUUUGAGAAGCUUAUGACCAAACAGAUUGAUCUCCGUUUUGAAGCCAGAAACAUAGAGCGUUUCCAGACGAAUUUCCGUGAUUUUGAUUAUGUGAAGUUCCCUACUCCUUUGCGACCAUUUGUCACCAGAAGCAUCUUAGUGGAAACCUUUGAAGAGAGUGAACCCAUUUCAAACUACUUGAGCUCCGAGGUACCCAAGGAAGUGAAGCAGAGGAUAGCCAAGAUGGGAGUAGACACGCUGCUGAAAAUGGUUUUUUUGGAUAACUUCGUCCAUGGGGAUCUUCAUCCAGGCAACAUACUUGUCCAGUGUCAGGGUCCCCUCGCUGGAUCGGGAGACGGUACUGGUAUUUCAGGGGAGCACCAUGGGAAAACCACGCUCACUGAUUUGUUGGACACGGUGGUGGUCAGUGUCAGGCCACCGCCGUGUCCUAUCCAGCUGGUGUUGUUGGAUGCUGGCAUUGUAGCCCAGCUCAGUGACCGCGACCUUGCCAACUUUAAGGCUGUCUUCACAGCUGUGGUGCUGCGUCAGGGUGAGCGUGUGGCAGAGUUGAUUCUGAAUCAUGCCCGAGCUAGUGAGUGCAAGGAUGCCGCGCUGUUUAAAAAGGAGAUGGCAGAGCUGGUGGAUCAUGCCCUCAGCAGCAACACCCUCUCACUGGGAAAGGUAUGAACCAACAUUUGCAUUGUGUUAUGACCAGGAUGAUGAUGGUGGUUAAUGUAAUACAGUAGAAGACAUUAUAAUAUUAUAGA